AUGGAUCCGGCACGCAAGGCCAUGAUACAAUCUGGGCGCAGGUCUCCUCCUCGAAGAGAUAUUGCCUCGCCUCGGAAUGAUCCCAACACGCGCAUCUCCAAGCCGACGAACCCGCCCCCCUCAGCCAGGUCGCGGCAGAACAAGACGUCUCCCUCUGCGUACAUGACCCAGGAUGAGCAGGCUCGGAAGUUUGUCGCCGAAGAGGACAAGUUUGUCCUGAAACAGACCAAGAAAAAGGCCGACAUUCGUGUUCGUGAAGGACGCGCCAAACCGAUCGACCUCCUCGCCUACAAUCUUCGCUUUGUUGAUGAUGACCGCGACUUGUUUGACGAGGACGAGGCAGACUUACAUGUCGCCCUAACAGCACCUGAUGUCGUAUUGCAAAGCCUCGACGAAUCUCAGCUGCGGGAACUCGAAGCCGAUAUCAAAUCCUACCACACCCUCGAGACAAAUUCGAGAAACCGUGAAUACUGGCUGUCUUUACAGACCAUCUGCUCUGAGCGCCGACAGAAACUCGAACCACAAGGGCCGGAUGACAGAGUUGUUAGCGCUGUGUCAUCUGACGUUGACAAGAUCCUAAGUCCCAAGGCAUACGAGCAGCUGGAAGCCCUCGAAAAACAGGUGAAGGCCAAGCUACAAUCCAACGAAGACAUCGACACGGAUUACUGGGAACAACUGCUGCGCAGUCUUCUGGUUUGGAAGGCAAAGGCGAAGCUGAAAAAAGUGUAUGAGGCGGUCAAGGAGAGUCGGGCUGCCAUGCUGAACGCGCGCCACCCAAACAAGGCACAUUCCUCAUCGGAUGUUGUUCCAGGCCUCGGUGGCGCGUCCUCCUUGGUUCGCACCUCCACUGGAGCCGAAUCGUCCUCGAGGUUCGACAUAAAGGCUCCAGUCAAAUCAAUAAUCCCAAGCAGCGCCCCGCCGGGAACGGCUCGCUUUGCACAAGUGGAGAACGAGGACUUCUCCCAGGCCACAAAGGCCCUUUAUGAACGUGAAGUCGCUCGCGGCGUUGGCGAGGACGAGGAGGUGUUCGCUGCAGAGGAGGCCGUUACUGCAACAGCGAAGCCCCAAUGGGCAGACAAGCACCGGCCACGAAAACCACGAUAUUUCAACCGCGUUCAAAUGGGAUACGAGUGGAACAAGUACAACCAAACACAUUAUGACCACGAUAAUCCACCUCCCAAGGUCGUCCAAGGAUACAAGUUCAACAUUUUUUAUCCGGAGCUUAUCGACAAGACAAAGGCACCAACAUUCAAGAUUAUUCGAGAACAUGGUCGCAAGAGGGGAGAGUCGUUUGCUCCUGCUGGCGAAGAAGACACAUGUCUCAUUCGUUUCAUCGCCGGACCGCCAUACGAGGACAUUGCAUUCCGUAUAGUCGAUCGCGAAUGGGACUAUAGCGCGAAAAAGGAUAGGGGCUUCAAGAGCUCCUUUGACAAGGGCAUCCUUCAACUACACUUUCAGUUCAAAAAGAUCUAUUAUCGAAAGUAGUCUCGUGCAGCAACGCCCACUCCGAGUCGACCCCUACCAUGUCCGCAGCAUCCAAUCUUACAGAGGCCGGCCAAGGAACCUGGUAUGUGGGUUCAGCUGUCGCUGUUGUUUGAGGGAGGGUAGGGGGAAAGACAGCGCCGAAAGCUAUCAGCAGUUGAUGGCGUGGCAACCGAUGUCACGAUCGACCACCCGCGGCGAAUCUGGAAAUGGCGCCCCGACGACAACGUGGCGCACAAACGACCUGCUGGCUAAAAUGUACGCAUACGGGCUGUCAUGUAUCGUGUGGCGCCCCACACAUGGAGUCCGUAGACCCGAACGCUCGAAACUGUGCCACCUAGCCAGGUUUGACAAAAGGGAGAGGAAAGAGGACAGAGAAGGAAGCUGAGUGUGAGGUGUCUUGGAAAGGGGGCCAUUCCUCUCGCUUCUCCUGACAUUUUGACAGCGGCACAUCUAUCUUCGCCCCUCGCAGAGUUUGUGCGCCGUUCCUGUCUUGUCAGGUCAGUGCUGGCCAUCUUCGUACACAUCCUGGGCGUUGGUAGGCCGUCUGGGACCAAUACAGAGAAGUACAUGAUGCC